AUGAAACCUUCUACUAUUGUUAUUAAAUUAGGUUCUUCUUCCUUAGUGAACCCUGAUACUAGAGAACCUAGACUUUCAAUAAUGUCUAAGAUGGUUGAAACUGUAGCUAUUUUAAAAAGACAAGGUCAUAAAGUGGUUAUUGUUUCAAGUGGUGGUGUUGCAAUGGGUCUUAAUGCUAUGAGAUUAGCUGAAAAACCAAAAGAAAUUGCAGAAAUUCAAGCUAUUGCUGCAAUUGGUCAGGGUAGAUUAAUUAGUAAAUGGGAUAUGUUAUUUCAAGAAUAUGAGCAAGAAAUUGCACAAAUUUUAUUAACUAGAAAUGAUAUUUUAAAUUGGAAACAGUAUAAAAAUGCUAAAAAUACAAUUUUAGAACUUUUAAAAAUGGGUGUAACUCCGAUUGUUAAUGAAAAUGAUACUUUAUCAAUAAGUGAAAUUGAAUUUGGUGAUAAUGAUACUUUAUCUGGUGUUACAGCAGCUUUAAUUGAAGCUGAUUAUCUUUUCCUAUUAACUGAUGUAGAUUGUUUAUAUACAAAUGAUCCAAGAAUAGACCCUGAAGCAAAACCUGUUAUUACAGUAGAUAUGGAUAGUAAAAUUAAUCCUUUAAAGGAUGUAAAUACUUCAAGUGGUUCUGGUAGUAGUGUUGGUACAGGUGGUAUGAAAACAAAAUUAAUUGCAGCUGAUUUAGCUACAAAGGCAGGUGUUGUUACUUUAGUAAUGAGAUCUGAGCAACCACAAGAAAUUGUAAGAAUUAUAGAUUAUAUGGAGAAAGAAAAUUUUAGAAAUUUAUCAAGUGAUGAAGAAGUGGCUUUAUUAAAUGAUCGUGGUUUACCUUUACAUACUAAAUUUUUGGCUAUUGAUAAUGAUUUACGUUUAGAAAAUAGACAAUUUUGGUUAUUACAUGGUCUUGUUUCAAAAGGUUCAAUUAUUAUAGAUAAAGACAUAUAUGAAAAUAUUAUUGAAGAAAAUAAUAAUAAUACUAAUAAUUUAGAAGAAGAAAAUGAAAAUUCUGAAGAUGAAGCAUUUUCUAUAGAUUAUCAAGGUGGAUUACCUGCAUCAGGUAUUAUUGAUAUUCAAGAUACUUUCCACGAAUUAGAUUGUGUAAACUUGAAAAUUGGUAGAAGAUUAUCGAAUGGUGAAUUAGAUCCUGAAUUUCCAUUACAAACUGUUGGUAGAGCUAGAUGUAAUUAUACUAGUACUGAACUUAAUAAAAUUAAAGGGAUUAAUAGAGGUGAAAGUGUUACUGAUUUCUUAGGUUACUCGGGUAGUGACUCUGAUGAAAUAAAUGAAAGCGAACAUACACAUGUUAUGGGUCAUUCUGGUAGUGAACAUUUAGUAAAUAAAUUAGCAGAUGGGUUACAUGAAUGUUGUAUCGCAAGUAGAGAAAAUUUAGCAUUUACACCGGUUUGA